CCAUUAUUCUUCCUUCCCUCUCUCUCUCUCUCUCUCUCUCUCCUCCCCACCGCCCCACGCUCUUCCCCCUCCUCCCUCGUCGACGGUGACCCCAGCGGAGCAGCGUGGAUACCUCGCCGGGGAGAUCUGUCUGCCGUCUCUACGGGCAGGUAUGAAAGCUGGAGCGUGGUUACUGGCAAGGUGCGGCUGCAUUCGGCUUCCCGCUCAUGCUCCUCCACGCGCGCGCCCGGCCUCCCUACAAGGCUCUGGCUCUGAAGACCUCUGAAGACUAAGCCCAAGCUCCCUGCGCUGCAGGCUGCUGCGCAAGCGGCCGAACCUUCCUGCCGCCGAUACUCCCUGCGCUGCAUCAUCCUCUGUCUAGUGCUGCCGCUGCCAGCGCUUCUCAUCCUCACUCUGGUGGAGUGGAGAUCCGUCCGGGCGUGGACUGAUUUCUUCUUUUCUGGUCAGAUGUUGGAGCUCAGGUAGUAGCCAACGAUGGAAGCAAUGGAGGCUGAAGAAGGUCCUUUUCUGGCUAAUGAUGCCAAGUUGCACGCAGGAAUCUGUAGAGCAUUUCAUCCUUCUGUAUCUAAGCUUUCCGCCAUUUUCCCCUUUAUCGAAGCAUCAAGACCCAGAAGCAAGUCUGGUAUACAGGCAUUGUGUUCACUACAUGUAGCUCUUGAUAAAGCCAAAGGGCUUCUACAACAUUGUGCAGACUGCAGCAGGCUCUAUUUGGCCAUCACUUCGGAAACUGUGCUUUUAAAGUUUGAGAAGUCUAGAAGCCAGCUUCAGGAGAGUCUAAGGCGGACUGGAAGCAUAGUAACGGAAGAUAUCGGCUGUAAGAUUGUGGAGAUUGUUGGUGAGCUGGAGGAAAUUGUUUUUACAUUGGAUAGAUCAGAGAAGGAAGCUGGUGACGAGCUUAUCAAUUUGCUCCAGAGAAACAAUAAAACAAAUGGUUCCAGUGAUAGUGGCGAGCUUGAGGUCUUCCAUAUGUCUGCUCUUAAAUUGGGAAUUACAUCUUCUAGGGCAGCACUCACGGAGAGAAGAGCCCUUAAGAAGCUAAUUGAGAAGGCUCGUUCUGAUGAAGACAAGCGGAAGGAGCUUGUUGUGUCAUACUUGUACAAUCUCAUGAGGAAGUACUCAAAGUUCUUCAGAAGUGAGACUGGUGAUGAUACAGAUUCUCAGGGAUCGUCUCCAUGCUCACCAACAGUAUUAGGUAUGGAUGAUAUGUAUGGGCCGUACAGCAAUGGUCGGGCAUUCAGUAGACAGCUUUCGAGCAUUCAGUCGUUCAAUUCGAGGUUUGGAUCUUUCAAUUCUAGGCUUGGAUCAUUCAAUUGCAGACGUGGUGGUGGUCCAAGGUCUGAGAAUAUGUCAAUCCCUCCUGAAGAGCUUAGGUGCCCUAUUUCCUUACAACUGAUGUAUGAUCCAGUCAUCAUUUCAUCUGGGCAGACUUAUGAGCGUAUUUGCAUUGAGAAAUGGUUCAAUGAUGGUCACAGCACAUGUCCUAAAACACAGCAGCAACUUGCCCACCUGUCAUUGACUCCAAACUACUGUGUUAAGGCCUUGAUUGCCAGCUGGUGUGAGCAGAACGAAUUUCCAGUUCCUGAUGGUCCACCAGGAACUUUCGAUGUAAAUUGGAGGCUUGCUUUCUCUGACACUGAGGCUACAGGUUGUGUGUCUGUUGAAAGUUUUGAUUGUACCAAUGCAAAGAGUGUCAAGAUUGUCCCAAUGGAGAAUGUUAGAAAGGAGGAGCCAGCAAACAGUGAAUCGGGAACGCUGGAUGACAGCUCUUGUAACGAUUUCGAGUUGAACGAGGGCUAUGGGAACUUGCUGCUCUUGCUUCAUGAAAGAAGUAACAUGAACAAGCAGUGCAGGUUGGUGGAGCAGAUAAGGUAUCUUUUGAAAGAUGACGAGGAAGCAAGGAUCCAGCUGGGCUCGAAUGGUUUUGCCGAGGCACUGGUUGAGUUCUUGAGGAAUGCUGUGAAUGAUGGAAAUGAGAAGGCACAAGAAGUUGGUGCAAUGGCUCUUUUCAAUCUUGCAGUCAACAAUAACAGAAACAAGGGACUCCUGUUAUCUGCUGGAGUCGCCAAUCUACUUGAGCAGAUGAUAUCAAAUCCACGCCUAUCUGGUCCUGCUACAGCACUCUACCUUAAUCUUUCCUGCCUUCCUGAUGCAAAGGCCAUCAUCGGUUCGAGCCAGGCCGUGCCAUUCCUAGUCGACCGUCUGUAUAGCCAAGAUGCCAGCGACACAAAAGGCAGCUCCUGCAAGCAUGACGCCCUGUACACACUGUACAACCUCUCAAACCACCAGGCCAGCGUCCCGGCGCUUCUAGCUGCAGGCAUUGUGGAUGCUCUCCAUUGCCUCGUCACGGAAUCUCCAGAGUCGGAGGGGCUUGGUUGGACAGAGAAGGCUCUCGCAGUGCUCAUCAGCCUCGCGGCCACCCAAGCUGGCAGGAAGGAGAUCAUGUCCACCCCUGGUUUGGUCAGCACGCUAGCGACGCUGCUAGACACAGGUGAGCCGACAGAGCAGGAGCAGGCAGUGUCGUGCCUCCUGGUGAUGUGCAGCGCCGACGACAAGUGCAUCCCGCCAGUGCUCCAGGAAGGGGUGGUCCCAUCGCUGGUCUCCAUCUCGGCGGCCGGGACAGGGAGGGGCAGGGAGAAGGCCCAGAAGCUCCUGAAGUUGUUCAGGGAACAGAGGCAGCGGGACGCGCCGCUGCCCCAGCAGCCCCAGCACCAGCAGCAGCAGCUGCUGCAGAGCCAGCUGGUGGAGGGCGGGAACGGCGGUGGCGGUGGCGCUAUCGUGUGCCACCGGGAAUCGAAGCCGCUGUGCAAGUCCAAGUCCAGGAAGCUGGGCAGGACGCUGAGCUCGCUGUGGAAGAACAGGGGCUUCUCGCUGUACCAGUGCAAAAAUUUUGGCCGAGCGAGAGAGGCCCCGCCCCCCGCGGAAAAAGGCGUGCGCUGCGCACACCACGGCCGCGAGAGAAUCCAAUUCCAAUUCCAGCCCCACGUCCCCUCCUCUGCUCGCUUUGUUUUACAUUCCAUUCCAUCCCAUCCCAUUUUGCAGCUCCUUCCGUGCUCGCUGCGUCCUCCUGCUUCCCACCCUUCCGUGCCCGGCACCGGCAGCCGGCAGGGGCAGGAGGAGAGGGUCGCCAGUUCGCCGCCGUCCCGGCACCGGCGGAUGUCGGAUCGGGAGCUCCGUCCUCUGCGCUCCAUCAGAAUCACAGGGGACGGUCGAUGCCUGUUCAGGUCCGUCGCUUAUGGUGCCUGCUUGAGGAGAGAAAAGCAUGCACCGAGCGACAGCGCCCAGAAGGAACUGGCUGACGAGCUUCGAGCCAAAGUAGCUGACGAGUUUGUCAAGAGAAGAGGAGACACUGAAUGGUUCCUUGAAGGCAACUUUGAGAAUUAUGUGAGACAGAUGAGAAAGCCUCAUGCUUGGGGAGGAGAACCUGAGCUGUUCAUGUGUUCCCAUGUUCUCAGGAUGCCCAUUACCGUCUACAUGUAUACAAGCAGCUCUGAUGGCCCUAGGAUCAUAGCAGAAUAUGGCCAGGAAUAUGGAAUGGACGAUCCAGUCCGCGUUCUCUAUGAUGGUUAUGGGCACUACGACGCCCUUCAGCCAUCUGUUGUAAGGACACAAUCAAGACUGCGAGGUGUGUAGAUAACCGGGGACUGCGUUACCUAAGCUUCUUCUAUAGGACAGCUGCAUAACUGUGAACAGCUCAAGAUUUAACGAUGCUAUUUUGCUCCAAUUCGACACAACCAUAGAGCAAAUACGAAAUUAUACCUGGCUUGACUGUACCAACCUGUUCUGUUCUUCAAUGUUUGAUGUAUAAAUAAAUAAAAAAAAACUCGAGAACGAGUCAGAAAAUCAGUUGAGCUGCAUCAAGUGGUCGUGUAAAGUUUCUUCAAUCAUUUUGCGCAACAGAAUGGCUCUAGAGGGUUGGUA